CAAACUGAUUCAUAACUGCAUGUGGAUCGAGAUUAUCACACAGAUCUCUCUCCAAUGAAAUCAUUGCUAGUGAAGAUAGCCUUUUCUGUCCCAUCGUUGAACGCAAGCAGUUCUCUAUCAAUUUCAAUUUGGAAAAUGAUCUUUCUGCUGAGCAUGAGGACCAUACUUCCAGACAUCGAAUGCUGAACCUUCGUAUGGACUUACGGCUACGCCGGAGAUUUCGACCCCGACACCACUAUCCCGGGAGGAAUUACGCACUGAUCAGGAAGCUCGGCCGAAGCCUAAGGGAGAGGUUAGUCGGCCCCUAGACCAUGAAUGAUUAACCCCUUGCUAUGGCCAGCAUACCCAGUUUCUGAGAUGUGUUUCUGAUGACAAAACUCCCAAUAUCACUCUUUUCGAUGUGGGAUGCUUUUGGAAAACCUAGCCAUACCUUUAUCCAGUUUGACGCUCUUAGAAAAAGUUGCGAACUAAUAUACCAUUCUUAUACUCGCGCGGCCUUAGAGUUUGGAGAAAAUGUAUAAGUUGCAUAUUGUUCAUAUUUUUUGUUUUUUAAACUCGCGCAUGUCGCAAACGCCUCGCCGCUGGCAUGCAUGUGAGGCAGUACGAUUAUUGAAAAUGCAACGCCAUUCUAUCUUGCUCGGAAGAUCAAUGAGUUUUACGUGUGCAUGUUAACGUUUGCCAAUUCAAACCGAAAAAAUCUGAAAAGUGCUCAAGAACUCAGCGUGAAAAUUUCUUCAGUGGAUCAGGCGUGCGUUGGACGGUCAUUUCAGUUGGUGGCGAAAUUCUGUUGCCUAACCUAACGAACGUUACAUUAUUUGGUAACAGCCAGUGACGUGCUGUCGACCCAAUAUGUUUUUGAUGACAAUGAGGAUGAUGGUGUGCUUGUUAGGGUACCGUGGUUGUUAUUCCACAAUCAUAGUUCCCCCGAAUGUCAAGAAUGACACGAGAUCUCUCAUUGGCUACACAAAUGGAUCGAUCGAAAUCGGCUGUGACGUAAACGCAUCUGAUUGGUUCACUUGGACAAAAGACAGUGACGUACUUGGACGAGGAGAAAGAAUUAUGAUGUCACGUGACGGAAGAUUGAUAUUUAAUACUCUUUACAAGAAUGACUCCGGUGUAUAUACUUGUAUUGCUGGACUAAACAUGACGAGAGGAAAAAAUAUUACCUUACUGGUUGUCGAUAAAACAAGGUUGCCAGUCGUAAAAGUCCUUGCUUCUUCAUCUCAGCUUCCAGUUACCUCGUACACGCUGCCAGAAUGGAUGAUUAGUGUUGCCUGUGUUGUAGUGAUCGCUUUAGUUACAAUCAUCAUUAUCAUCACCUAUGUCAAUAUGUCCAGGCCAAAAAGGGAUAUUAGCAGCCACGCAAAUGUCGAAAUGUCAGAUGUUACUGAAGAAACCAUCGAAGUGGUUACUUUUAAGAAAAGUGCAGAGAAAAGCCACGAUGAAGAUUGCAAGAUUUCAAAUCAUGGCAAAGUGCGGCAGAGGAAGUCCUCCUCCUCUCCCACUCAAGACUCAUGCUCCAUAGAAAACGAAUGGCUACAAGAAAAAAGUGCGUCAAAAAAGAAAAGAGAAGAAAAGAAAAAAGAAAGUGAAGGGAAAGGAUGGUUAUGUACGGUGGAGUACGUUGAAGAAAUCCCGGUGAAAUUGCGGUUAAGCGAAGGCAAUAAAACAGGUCAAAAUGUGAAGAUCAAAUCUGAAUACCGUCGAAGUGCUGAGAAAAGCUUUGCUGCAUCAGAUGUCCGUUCUUCACUAGAGAAGACGACGAUGAAAGAAGAUGUUAGGCGCGAUGAGGAACAGUCAAAUUGUGGACAGGAAAGACUAUCUGGUUCGGGAAAUGCACAUGUAAAAAAGCAAUUGAACAGCGCGUUUCUUCCGACAAAGUUCCCGCCAAAGAAACCCGAGGUGGCAGAGCCGAUGAAGAAGAUAGAUUCCAAACCGGGACAAGCGCUUAGAAAGAUCAUCUCUGAUCCAUGCCUUAUGAACAGGCCUCCUUUCCUUGCCGCUCACACCAGAAUCAAUAACAUAGGACAAGACAGCGCGACGACCGCUCAGGGUCAAGGCUUAAGGAGAAUAACAUCCGAACCAAUACGCAUGGAUGAUACCAUCUAUAGUGCACCAAUCAUAAAAGGAAGCCUAAAACUCGAUAAGAAGUCGUUAAAAGAACUAAAGUCGAAGAUACAAAAAUCUAAAUCUCCUGCUGAAAUUCAUAGACACAAACUUGAAUCAAAGAGAGAAAAAAAUAGAGAUAAAAAGCUUAGUCCGGCAACAAUAUCUUUUACCAAUGAAAUUUACGGAAGCAUUGAAGAGCUACGAGCUCCCGAAAAUGAACAACCAAAAACUACGGUUUUUGAGGAAACAGAAACGGAGCCCAUCUAUGAAGUAAUACAAGAAAGAAUAGAAAAGGAUGUCGGAGAGGGUAAAAAAUGUAAAAACAAAAAAGCAGGGAUAAAAGAAGUAAAAGAUAGUCUUCAAAAUACAAAGGGAAAUAGCAGUAGAACGAAGAAUACCAAGAAAGGCUGUUCAAAAAUAUCGAAACAGGAAUACGAACCAAGGAAGCUUGAUUUUGCUCAAGGUUUAUCAGAUGAUGGCGCACGGUUACGCCAGUUUUCCGUUUCUACAAAAGACGAAGAAAGCCAUGAAGAACACGAGAAAUGUUUUGAAAAUUUGAGCUUUUCAAUUCUGGAAGAUUUGGAGAAGUUUGAUGAAGAUUUUGAUGAGGAGCCCAAUAAAGUCGUUGAUGGGAUCUAUCAGGAUGUCGAAGACGAGUCGUCCAAACUUACAGAAACACUCAACCAAACCACAGAGAGCCUAUAUGAGGAAAUUCAUUUCAGCAGUACAGUUUCGUGUCAAGAUGAAUACGAAGAACUUAACGAAUUGUCGUAAAAAGCCGAGCUAUGUACUAUACUACUAGUCGCUUUGUUUUUGUCUUUGCCAUUUGUAAUGAAUCAUGUAAACUUUCUAAAAAAAUAUUUAUUUUUGUUUCAUUAAAUUUAUGUCUCGAUUGAUAACAUCGAUAAAUCAUUGAAAAUAGAAUAUAAUAUAAUGUAUGAAUAUAAAGGAAUGUUUUUCCUGAUUAAAUCUAGCUUUUCCUUGACGACUGUGCGCAUGAACCGUGAGGAGGAUUUUUUGACUGAUGUCAUAAGAAGCGGGGCCCAUUACUAGGAGCAUCCAUCUCCCAUACUGGGUCUGUGAGCCAGUAUGUUCCAAGAUCAUACGUUUCAGAGACGAGGCUAAAUUUUCUAAAAUACUUCGCCGUCCCUGUUUUUGGAAAAUAUUCUGACGCACCGACCCACGACUGGGCAUAUAUACAGUGCACUAAAUCACGUAGAAUAGUCACGUCCAAUGAAUGACCUUCUAUUAAUAAAGGUUAUGUUAUGUAAAGGUUAUGUUAUGUAUGUACAUAUGUAUAUAUAUAUAUA